AUGGGCUACAAGAGCCCUGUCAUGGUUCGCGCUCUUGAACUGGCAUGGCAGUACGUCAGAGACCAAGGCCAGCGAGUUCUCAUCUAUGUGGACACCCCUUGGAUACAGUGUGUUACUGUUGGGCUAUUUCGACUUGCCGGCUUUGACACCGUUACCGUCCGACCGGACCAUGACGUGAACGAGAAAUCCAAGGUAAUCGCUGCCUGGAACGACCCAAAAUCCAGGAACGAAGUGUUCAUCGCCAAUGUGAAUACCAUGGGAACUGGCGUCAACAUGCAUGGCUGCUGUUCAAAAGGCAUGUCCUUGAACUGGCUCAGAACGCAAAGUCGAUGCUCCAGAUCAUUGGACUCCUGA